GCUUCUGGAUCAAAGAGCCCACUUAGUCUCUUGUUUCAGGGGAUUCUGCUGCAGUUCCUUAAUGUCAAUACCAUCCUGCGAAGGACAGAGAAAUCUGCUAAUUUAGUACUGGAAAGAUGGAACUGCAAAUUGAGUAUGUUCCCACAGGAGAAAUCAUCCGUGUGGUCAGUCGGAGCGGAGAAUGCAAGGCUGGAGCAGGGAGUAACGGUAUCCGGAUGACGAUGGAGAGUGCUUUGACAGCCCGUGACCGUGUUGGGGUUCAGGAUUUUGUCCUGCUUGAGAACUUCACCAGCGAAGCAGCUUUUAUUGAAAACCUGCGUAAACGAUUCAAGGAGAAUCUGAUCUAUACAUACAUUGGCUCAGUUCUAGUGUCAGUAAACCCGUACAAGGAGUUGGAAAUCUAUAGCAAACAACACAUGGAACGAUACCGUGGCGUCAGCUUCUAUGAAGUGUCUCCCCACCUUUAUGCUAUUGCUGACAAUUCAUACCGUUCCCUUCGCACGGAGAGGAAGGAUCAGUGUAUCCUGAUAUCUGGGGAGAGUGGAGCUGGCAAGACUGAGGCCACCAAGAAGAUCCUGCAGUACUAUGCAGUGACCUGUCCAGCCAGUGACCAAGUUGAGAUGGUGAAAGACCGCCUCCUUCAGUCCAACCCAGUCCUAGAGGCAUUUGGAAAUGCAAAAACUCUUCGCAAUGAUAACUCCAGCCGAUUUGGGAAAUACAUGGACGUGCAGUUUGAUUACCGGGGAGCCCCUGUUGGAGGUCACAUCCUGAACUACCUACUGGAGAAGUCUCGGGUCGUCCAUCAGAAUCACGGGGAGAGGAACUUCCAUAUUUUCUACCAGCUUUUAGACGGAGGAGAAGAAGAGCUCUUGCGAAGGCUGGGCCUUGAGAAGAACCCCCAACAAUACCCCUACUUAGUGAAGGGUCACUGUGCAAGGGUCAGUUCUAUCAAUGAUAAAAAUGACUGGAAGGUUGUGAGAAAGGCUCUGUCCAUUAUCAACUUUAAUGACAAUGAGGUGGAGGAUUUGCUGAGCGUUGUAGCUAGUGUGCUGCACCUGGGGAACGUGCAAUUUGCUGCUGAUGAACAGGGCAAUGCUCAGGUGACCACAGAAAAUCAGAUUAAAUAUCUGGCCAGACUCCUAGGGGUUGAAGGCUCUAUCCUUCGGGAAGCGCUGAUCCACAAGAAGAUAAUAGCCAAAGGGGAAGAGCUGGUCAGUCCUCUGAACCUGGAGCAAGCAGCUUAUGCAAGGGAUGCUCUAGCCAAAGCAGUGUAUGGGCGCACCUUCUCUUGGCUAGUGAAUAAGAUUAACAAGUCUCUUUCCUACAAGGAGACAGAGUUCCCAGGAUGGAGGAGUACAACAGUCCUAGGGCUGCUCGACAUCUAUGGAUUUGAGGUUUUUCAGCACAACAGCUUUGAGCAGUUCUGUAUUAAUUAUUGUAAUGAAAAACUGCAGCAGCUUUUCAUAGAACUGACACUGAAGUCGGAACAAGAGGAAUAUGAGUCAGAAGGCAUAGCGUGGGAACCUGUCCAGUAUUUUGACAACAAAAUCAUUUGUGAUCUGGUGGAGGAGAAAUUCAAAGGCAUCAUUUCUAUUUUGGAUGAAGAAUGUUUGAGACCUGGCGAUGCCACUGAUAUGACGUUUUUGGAGAAGCUGGAGGAAACAGUGAAGAAUCACCCCCAUUUUCUUACACACAAGCUGGCUGACCAGAAGACUCGCAAGUCGCUAGGCCGUGAAGAAUUUCGUCUCUUGCACUACGCGGGCGAGGUCACCUACAGUGUCUCAGGAUUUCUGGAUAAAAACAAUGACCUUCUGUUUCGGAACCUGAAGGAGACCAUGUGCAACUCUGAGAAUCCCAUUGUGAACCAGUGUUUUGAGAGGACGGAGCUGACAGACAAAAAGAGACCUGAAACGGCGGCAACUCAGUUUAAGAACAGCCUGUCGAAACUAAUGGAAAUUCUGAUGUCCAAGGAGCCAUCUUACAUUCGCUGCAUCAAACCUAAUGAUUCUAAACAAGCGGGUCAGUUUGUUGAAGUGCUAAUCCGACACCAAGUGAAAUACUUGGGACUGAUGGAGAAUCUGAGAGUGCGCAGGGCUGGGUUUGCAUAUCGCCGGAAAUAUGAAGUUUUCCUGCAGAGAUACAAAUCUCUCUGUCCAGAAACGUGGCCCAUGUGGGAUGGGCGGCCCCAUGACGGCGUGGCUGUGCUGGUGAAAUACCUAGGGUACAAACAGGAAGAGUACAAGAUGGGCCGGACAAAGAUUUUCAUCCGUUUUCCCAAGACUCUGUUUGCAACAGAAGAUGCUUUGGAAAUACGGAAGCAGAGUCUGGCCACUAAAAUCCAGGCUGCAUGGAGAGGUUUCCAUCAGCGACAGAAAUUCCAGCACAUGAAACAUUCAGCAAUAACUAUCCAGUCAUGGUGGCGUGGGACUCUGGGACGCCGAAAAGCUGCCAAGAAGAAGUGGGCAGUGGAGACCAUUAGACGGUUUAUUAAAGGUUUUAUUUACCGGAACUAUCCUCGGUGUGCAGAGAAUGAAUACUUCCUAGAUUACAUUCGCUAUUCCUUCCUGAUGAGCCUCAAGCGCAAUUUACCAAGGAAUGUCUUGGACAAGUCCUGGCCAACCCCUCCUCCAUCACUCUGCGAGGCAUCACAACUCUUGAGACAGCUUUGUAUGCAAAACAUGGUGUGGCGUUACUGCAAAAGAAUCAACCCAGAGUGGAAACAGCAGCUGGAUCAGAAAGUGAUCGCCAGUGAGAUUUUUAAGGAUAAAAAAGACAACUAUCCUCAAAGUGUUCCAAGGCUUUUCCUCGAUACUCGACUUGUCAAUGAAGACAUAAACACCAAAGUGCUCCAGGCUUUAGGAAGUGAAACAAUAAAGUAUGCAGUUCCUGUGAUCAAGUAUGACCGGAAAGGGUAUAAGGCAAGGGCACGGCAGCUGCUUCUCACCCAGACUGCAGUCUUCAUAGUUGAAGAAGCCAAAAUCAAACAACAAAUUGACUAUGCCAACCUAACAGGCAUCUCUGUCAGCAGCCUGAGUGACAACCUGUUCGUGCUCCACGUGCACUGUGAAGAUAACAAACAGAAGGGGGACGUUGUACUACAAAGUGAUCAUGCAAUUGAAACACUAACCAAAAUGGCCAUGAGUGCUGACAAAGUCGAUAAUGUCAACAUUAAUCAAGGGAGCAUAAAAUUUACAGUGGGACAAGGUAAAGAAGGCAUAAUAGACUUCACGUCAGGCUCUGAGCUGCUUAUAGCAAAAGCCAAGAACGGCCACCUCACUGUGGUAAGUGGACCAUCAGGCUUUCCACCGCACUCGUGCUCCCCUCUUCUCACUUGCAGGUGCUCAGCUUCAUAGCGUGGGCGGGUGCAGGACUGUUCAGUGUCUUGUGUAACUGCCUUAAGCAGCUGGAUUCAGAACAGCUACAUCACAUUCGUCAGCUCCAGCUGAGCUACAGCACAUUUUGGGGUGAGGGAAGGAGGCAUACUGUUGCUGUGGGAAGGUGACCAUCCCCCCAACCAAGCUGUCCUUAUGAUCUAAUAGUUCUGUCACUUUGCUUCCGUGUCAGAGGUCUGCGACACCACCUCAGUCACCAGGUGCGUGUUGUGCUCCUGCUGCGGCAGAACCUGCAGCGUGCGCCUCUAGGCCUCUUCAAUUUGUGCAGCAGCUGGUCCCAGAAG